AUUGCAAAAAAUAAUUAAGAGUUAUUCUAAAAUUCCUUCAUUGCACAAGAUUCUUGGAAUCAAAUGGAUCAAAUUGAUUUAUGUGGAAUCUUUUGCCAGAGUCAGGACCCUUUCUCUGUCUGGUAAGUUGUUGCUUAGAUUUGUGGACAGAUUUAUUGUUCAAUGGCCUUACCUCGAACAAAAAUAUCCACAAGCUGAAUACAAGGGUAUUCUUGUAUAA